AUGGCAGGCGGAGGGGUGUUCAUCGAGGCCGCGGGUGACGGCACCACGUCCACGCCCACGGAAGGCUCCAAGAUGUACGCCGUGGUCGUGUGUGUGUUUGCGUCGCUGGGCGGCAUCUUCUUUGGCUACGAUCUAGGCAUGACGGGGGGCGUCCUGGUGAUGGAUUCGUUCUUGAACGACUUUUGCGUCGCCUACGACGGCAACACAUACCUCCAGUGCACGUCGACGGCAGCGGACCUGCCAGCCAACUGGCUCAACUUUACGACGCUGUUCAACGUGCUGUACUACAUCUGGUGCAUCUUAGGCGCGUACGUGGGCGGUGUGGUGGCGGACAAGUUUGGUCGCCGCAUGACCAUCUUCAGCGCAGGGUUCCUGUUCUGCAUCGGUACGUGCAUCCUGGUGUUCACGCGAAGAGGGGGGCAUACCAUGUCCCUGAUCGCGCGCGUGAUCCAAGGCAUGGGCGUGGGCAUCUC